GUGACCGUGCCAAAAAGCUUAACGUGUGACCAUAUUUUACAUCAGAAAAAUACACAAAAAUUCGGCUUAAAUUGAACUUUGUUUAUCAUUAUUAGUUGGCACUUUGUGCAUUGCAUCGAAAUGGGUUCUGUUAAGAUUGAAUUUGCAGUUCAGAUGAAAAAGCAGGGGGACGAAGCCUACGCAUGCACACUGCGAAAGGCUCUGGACGGUUUGGGUGAAGUGGAUGUCGACAUUCAAGAGGGACGCGUGAUCAUUCAGACUGAGAGUCCAUGGUCAGAGGUGCACGAUAAGAUCGAGGCCACUGGACGCAAGGCUGUGCUAUCGGGCUUUGGCGGCGGCCAGUCGGCAGUUGCCCUGAUCAACACAACCGGCAGUGUUGUGGACCGAACGCCUGUCCAAGGCGUUGUGCGGUUCACGGCCAUCAGUCCAAAGGAGCCCGGUGUUCUGGUGGAUGUCGUGGUGGACGGCUUGGAGCCGGGAUUGCACGGCUUUCACAUCCACGAAAGUGGCGAUGUUUCCUCUGGGUGCGCCUCCGUUGGCGACCACUACAAUCCGCGUCAGUCGCGUCACGGCAGCCCAGAGGCGUCGGCCAAAGAACGUCACGCUGGCGACUUGGGCAAUCUACGCGCUGAUGAGAGUGGCCGGGCCAAAAUCCGGUUCGUUGAUGCUGUGCUGGAGGUGGCGGAGAUAAUCGGAAGGGCCGUUGUUAUAACAGCUGGUGCCGAUGAUCUGGGACUUGGUGAAAACGACCAAAGUCUGAUUGAUGGCAACUCGGGCGAAAGAAUCGCCUGCGGGAUAAUUGCUCGUUCGGCGGGAAUAAUGGAGAACUUUAAAAGGAUCUGUGCCUGUGAUGGCGUUACGCUGUGGGACGAACGCAACAAGCCGCUGGCUGGAAAGGAGCGCUCGCAGAAGCUCUAAAUGUUUCACUGUCACAUCUGACCCUGUAAAUAAAUUAUAAUUAUAUAUGUUUAAAUAUUCAAAUAGUGUAAACAAGUAACUUUUCAUGUCGAAACUAUUGCUGAUCUUUGAUUUUGAA